CCCCGCCCCCCGGAGGCCCCGCCCCGGUCCUCCCCGCUCCGCCCCCUCCCCGCCGGAGCCUGCCGCUCCCCGCGCUCGCAGCGCGGGCCUGGGGACUGGGGAUCCCGCCGCCGGGCCGCAGCAUGGGGCGCUUCCGCGGGGGCCUGCGGUGCAUCAAGUACCUGCUGCUUGGCUUCAACCUGCUCUUCUGGCUGGCUGGAUCGGCCGUCAUUGCUUUUGGACUAUGGUUUCGGUUCGGAGGUGCCAUAAAGGAGUUACCAUCAGAGGACAAGUCCCCAGAGUAUUUCUAUGUGGGGCUCUAUGUUCUGGUUGGAGCCGGGGCCCUGAUGAUGGCCGUGGGGUUCUUCGGGUGCUGCGGAGCCAUGCGGGAGUCGCAGUGUGUGCUUGGAUCAUUUUUUACCUGCCUCCUGGUGAUAUUUGCUGCUGAAGUAACCACUGGAGUAUUUGCUUUUAUAGGCAAGGGGGUAGCUAUCCGACAUGUUCAGACCAUGUAUGAAGAGGCUUACAAUGAUUACCUUAAAGACAGGGGAAAAGGCAAUGGGACGCUCGUCACCUUCCACUCAACAUUUCAGUGCUGUGGAAAAGAAAGCUCCGAACAGGUCCAACCUACAUGCCCAAAGGAGCUUCUAGGACACAAGAAUUGCAUCGAUGAAAUUGAGACCAUAAUCAGUGUUAAGCUCCAGCUCAUUGGAAUUGUCGGUAUUGGAAUUGCAGGUCUGACGGGUGUCUGUCACCAGGGAGUGAAGUGGUGCAAUCACAGCUCACUGCAACCUCGACCUCCUGGGCUCAAGCAAUCCUCCCGCCUCAGCUUGCCAAGCACCUGGGACUGCAGGGACACACCACCAUACUCAGCUAAUUUUUGUAUUUUUUGUAGUGACAGGGUUUCACCAUGUUUCCCAGGCUGGUCUAGAACUCCUGAGCUCAAGCGAUCCUCCCACCACAGCCUCCCAAAGUGCUGGGAUUGCAGGCAUGAGCCACUGCACCCAGCUGAUACUCCAUUUUUUGAUAUAUGCACACUGUUGUAAAAAAUCAGAGCUUUUCCAGCAAUAGAAAAUUAUUUAGACCACAAACAUAUCUAAACAACAAGUGGUUAUGGACACAAUUUUCAAAAUAAACAUAUAAAAGAGAUCUGGGAUUAACCUGAAAUAUAAAAUUCCAAAGCCAGUAUUGUAUCUGUCUCUCGCAAGUAUUCAGAACGGUUCUAUAAUUCUGAAGCUGGGUAAGUUCUUUUAAAGCAGAGCCUUGUUACUUGUUAACAAUAAUAAUACACAUUUAAACAGUUAAUCUAGAAUUAUUUACCCCAUAGCCAACCUUAAGUAACAUACUAAAAUGUCAUUUGUGACUGGUAAUUAUUGGUUAUAAUUAUUUGUUAACUUGAGUUAGACACCCAGGAAAUCUGCUGAACUUUUUACCAAUUAGUACCCAUUUCAAAGUCACUGAUGAGUGUUUCCUUCUGUUUCAGAUCUUUGGCAUGAUAUUCAGCAUGGUCCUCUGCUGUGCGAUACGAAACUCACGAGAUGUGAUAUGAAGCUACUUCUACAUGAAAAUUGCAAUCUAAAGCUUUCAUACCAAAUGUCACAGGAGCUGUCUCCCAGCUCAUUUUUAAUACUGAAAUGACACUAGGAUCUAAAAUAAUUUGCUGUCAAUUGUACAUUUGCAUGAGUACAUAUGUUUGGCUCAUUACUGGUUUACCCCUUGAGUGAACGCCUGUUUAUGAUGACUGAGAGCAUAUUCAUGUGUGAUCUGCGUGUUUCUGGAAUAUGCUUUAUACAUAAUGAAAUCUGUUUGCUGGGAAUUCCUGAUUCUUGUUAUAUAAGAGGAACAACCUAUUUCGCUCCCAGAAAAAAAAAGAUCAAAGAGCUUUCAGAAACUUUGAGAACUUGGCUAUUUAAAAAAAGUGAUAAUGGGUCAGUUUCUCAGACUGUAGCCAUUGAAAAUUAGAUGCAGAGAAUUCAGAGAUUUCUUCUUAAUGGAAGCAAUAAUCUGGAAGAAUUGAGAGAUCACAGUGGAGUGUUAAAACUGACUGUAUCUAAGUUGGGUGUAAGGGUUUCCUGGGUUUUUUUAUAUACAUGCUCUCCCCAGAAUACAGUAAACCACAGUUUUAGAACUAAACACAUCUGUAAAACUAAAUAUAGCAUGGAAAAUCUAAUUUGAAUAAGUCAUGCUUUCCUAGAAUUUAAAAAUAAAAAAGUCUUCCUCUGGAAAGAGAAGUCACACAGACAAUCAUGUGCCCUACAAAAGUGAGUGUUUAUAGGACUAAAAAACUUUUAACAACUUUUUAAGGAAAUAUUUUUGUUCUUAUACAAAAACAUGUAAAUAUUGCUUUAUUGCUUUCAUUUUCUGACCCUGCUGUAAACUACUGCAACCCUCACAUCCUUAAAGGGACUUUUAUCUCAAACUCUUCCGUUUCUCCAAAUAUAAGGAAAAAAGACUAAAGCAAGAGAUCUGGCAGUUGAAAAUUGUGGGAAAGAGAAUUUUUACGGGCACUCUAUCUAUGAAAUACCUCAUAACUUACGUUUACAUGUUUUCCUAACUUUUUGUAUUUUUCUUGUAUAUCCACCUAGAGAAUUCUUCAUAGAUUAAGAACUACAGUUUUCACCACUUAACAUAAGUAAAACAAAGUCCUUCAUAAUUUAACCAUUAGCAACUUUGGCCAAACCAAAAUAAAGAAAAGCAUCUUCUCCUAGUUGUGUGUGGGCAACAGAAACAAGUUAAGGAAACAAAAAUACUUAUAUAUACACAGAACAAAAAUAAUGUUCUUUUUAUGCAAAUCCCCUGUGAAAAUAAAAUUUUCAAUGUUUUUUUGGUCUUAAUGCUUCAUUUUAAGUUAGUAAACCCAAAUUUAGGAUUUACAUUGGCAUAUUUUUCAGUGAUUUUUAACGUGUUACAUUUAGUAAACCAUAGAUUUUUUAAAAACUACAUUUUAUAAGGCCACACAUAAGUGAAAAUACGGAAGGCGUUGGAAACCCCUAGGUGAACUUCUAUACAUGCGAAAACACAAGUCUUUGAGUGUGCACUAAAAGUGUCACACUCCCAAAAAACUCACAAAACAUUUUGCUAAAAAGAUAUAACUGCUUGAAAUAAUCUCUCUCCCAUAGAGAACCACAUUUCUCUUUCUGCCAUACUUGCUACUGCUACUGAUUUUGGAGGAAACUCUUCUAGAAGAACAAAGGUCAUAUUUGAAGCAAGCUAAAAACUUAAUUAUACAUGGCUACUUUACUGUGUCUAUAGCUAAAGAAAAAUUAUUUUACAAAAA